AUGAAGAACAAAGCAAACAGAAACAUAUUUCUGGAAGCUGUGUUGCAGCAACUCAACAACUUAGUAGCCAGCUAUGAACGAUUAGCAAUGCAGUCUGGUAAUACACACAGGGGAGAAGGAUCAUCCAAUCCAAAAGGUCAGUUCAAAAAUAAUCCAUUGUUUGAAGGGAAUGGGGGUAUACAUGCUAGAACUCUUAGAUUGGAUUUCCCCAAGUUUGAUGGGUCAGAACCCAUGGAAUGGAUUCUUAAGGCUAAAAUUUUUUUUGAGUAUUUUGAAAUACCUAAUGAGCAAAAAUUACAGGUUGCCUACUUCCACAUGGAAGGGAAUGCAUUGUCUUGGUAUUCUUGGUUAAGGGAUUCGGGUCCUAUAGGAGGAUGGGAAGAUUUAAUUGCAGCACUUAGGGUGCGCUUUGGACCCUCCACCUAUGAGGAUCCAAUUGGAGCAUUCACCAAACUAAGACAAACAGCCACGGUAGAAGAGUAUCAAACUGAGUUUGAGACUCUAUCUAAUAAGAUUAAAGGGCUGACAGAAGCAUUUCGCAUUAGUACAUUUAUCAGUGGCCUAAGGGAUGAUUUAAAAAUUAUGGUAACAAUGCUUAAACCUGAUACAAUCUCAGUUGCUUUUGGUUUGGCUAAGUUACAGGAGGAAGAAGUGACUAGGAGAAACAAAGGGAUGCCAAACAGAAACCAAAACCAGAAUUUAACCAACCACCCAUAUAUUCCCAAGAUACCGGGACCACCCCCCAUACUCAGAUUACCUCCACCACCACCAAGGCCUGAAAACAGAAUCCUUAUCAAUACUUACAAUCCAAAUAGAAGGCCCACCAUUCCCAUAAAAAGAAUCACCCCAGCCCAAAUGCAGGAAAGAAAGGAGAAGAGACUUUGUUAUUAUUGUGAUGAGAAGUUUCACCUUGGCCACAAAUGUAGUAGACUCAAGCUGUUCUUGUUGGAAGGGAUAGAAGGAGAGGAAAAAGAGGAAACCGAAUCUAAUGAAGGGAAGUUAACAGCCAUAGAAUAUCAAGGAGUUGAAGAAGAAGAAGAAGAGUUGGGUGAAUUGUUGAGUAUAUCAUUACAUGCCAUUGCAGGCUCAUUAUCUCCUAAAACCAUGAGGGUUGAAGGCAUUAUUAAUCAUCAAAAAGUUUUGAUUCUUAUUGAUACAAGUAGCACGCACAGCUUUAUGGAUUCAUAUGUAGCAAGGAAGUCAAAACUGCCAGGUGCUAAGGUUAAAUUACAGGGAUUACAACCACCAUUUAAUGCAUUGGAGGAGGAGGAACAUGUUCCAAAUUUAAAUAAAGGGUCUGUGAAAGGACUAUGGUUGCACUUGAUUGGUGGAGAAAAGACGAAGGUGGAAGGGGAAAAGGAACCUGUUCUUAAGCAGGUUAUUAACAGUUUUGAAGAUGUAUUUGCUGAACCUUGUGGCCUGCCUCCACCUCGGAGUCAUGACCAUAAAAUUGAGCUGUUGGAGGGAUCAAAACUAGCUUGUGUACGCCCAUACAAGUAUCCAUACUAUCAGAAAACAGAGAUAGAAAAGUUGGUGGCUGAGAUGCAGAAAAGUGGGAUAAUCAAGGGAAGCCAAGGCCCCUACUCAUCACCGGUAUUGUUGGUCAGGAAGGCAGAUGGAAGUUGGAGGAUGUGUGUGGACUACCGUGCAUUAAACAAAAAUACAGUGAAAGAUAAGUACCCUAUACCAAAUAUUGAUGAGUUACUUGAUGAACUUUAUGGGGCGGAAAUCUUUUCUAAACUGGAUUUGCGUUCAGGUUAUCAUCAAAUUAGAAUGCAUGAAGAAGACAUACAUAAAACAGCAUUUAGAACCCAUGAGGGUCACUAUGAAUUUAUGGUGAUGCAUUUUGGGCUUACUAAUGCCCCAUCAACUUUCCAAGGGCUUAUGAAUGAGGUCUUCAAACCUUAUUUAAGAAAGUUUGUUUUGGUCUUUUUUGAUGAUAUUCUGAUUUACAGCAAAUCUUUGGAGGAACACUUACAACAUUUGCAUAUGGUCUUAGAAACUUUGAGAUCCCAUCAGUUUUAUGCAAAGAAGUCCAAAUGUGUGUUUGGUUGUCAUGAGGUGGAGUAUUUAGGUCACUUAAUCUCCAAAGAAGGAGUGAAAGUCGAACCCCAUAAAAUUUCGGCUAUGCAAGAAUGGCCCCUACCCAAAAGUUUGAAGGCCCUAAGAGGAUUCUUGGGGUUAACAGGGUAUUACAGGAAGUUUGUAAAAGACUAUGGAGCCAUUGCUUCUCCAUUAACUGCCCUAUUGAAAAAAAAAAUGCUUUCAUAUGGACAAACAAAGCACAAGAGGCAUUUGAGAAGCUUAAAGCAGCGAUGGAGAAGGGUUGGGAGCUAUGCUUAUGCAGGAAGGAAAACCCAUAGCUUUCUUAAGUCAAGGGUUAAAGGGAAGAACUCUAAUGUUGUCCACUUAUGA